AUGGUUGGUCAUGAAUUAAUAUUGUAUGAAAGAGAACCUCCUGAAGAAAUUAAAAAUAAUAAAGAUAAUAGACUUUCCUGUUGGAAAUCAUUAUCAAAAAGAUUUCCAAUUCACAGUAAUAUGGCACGUGAUUAUCUCAGCAUUCAGCCCUCAAGUGUUGCUAGUGAAAGAGCAUUUUCAAGAGCAGGCUUUACGGUCACACAUAAUAGAGCAAAUCUUAGUGAAAAAACUGUUUCCUCUACAAUUCUUAUGUGCUCUUGGCUUUUAGAAAGCCAAAAUAAAUUUGGUCCUCUUCAUGCUCUUCCAGAAACAGAAUAA